AUGGCUAUAUCACUGGCAAACGCGCGAGAAGAUUAUCUAUUCGAUAACUUGGGGACGACAAACAAAUACUACGUAGAGUUUGGUACUCAGAAUGCCACCCGAUGUAAUACUCGGAAUCUAUGGGAAGAGCAUGGUUGGGAUGGAACGCUAAUAGAUGCAGGUGGUAUUGGUGAAGACGCUCGUAUCAUUCGGAAUCAUUUCGUCACAGAAUACAAUAUUGUGGAUCUCUUCCGUAAAUAUGACGUGCCAAAGGAUCUGGGUCUACUUUCUGUUGAUAUCGAUACUCAGGACGUUUUCGUAUUGGAUGCAAUUCUACGUGCACAAUAUCAUCCAAGGGUCAUUGUGACUGAGAAUCACAAUUUCAGAUACGACGAAUCUUAUCCGCUGACCGACUUUGUAACAAGUGGGGGUACCGCUCGGUCUAUAUGGAGUCUAAUGAUCGACUGCAUAUCCACCAUUAAACACUCUCCUAUAAUACCGCACCCAGCUGCUAUAUCUGCUACGAAGUCUGACUCGGCCUCGCCUGCUUCAUCAGACAUUAAAUGCACUUUCAGUACUCCAAAUCUCACCAUAGAAGCAGCGGCCAUAGUUCCACUGCCUAAACCUGAAUUCUCGCUGCUAGAUGCAUGGCUGAAGGGCGAGAGUGCCCGCUACGGCCCUGCCCCCAAAACUAUACCGGACACUUUACUUUCAGAAUUCACCAUGAACGACACAGUACCCGUUUUUGAUGCGUACAUUGAUCAGGCAAGCGCUGAUUUCCGUGCCCUACAGUUUUCGAUAUCUAAAACUGCAUAUUUGGGUGGAAAAGCACUUGCACCGGAGUGGACGGUCGCCAAGGUGGACGAGAUUCGAGCCCAAACUCGCGCUAGGAAUAUGACAUUUAAUUAUAACUCGAAAGAUAUAUAUGACGCAUAUGAUGUGUUUGCACUAUCUGUUAUUAGAGGCAAACGAGGACUCGUUAUUGGCAGUGAGUGGCCUUGGAUGGAGGCCAUGCUGCUAGAAUAUGGUGCCGAACACGUCUCCACUCUAGAAUUCGGGACGAUAGUUAGUCUCCAUCCUAAAAUAACCACAUACACUCCCAAAGACUUCACAUUGGGUGUUUUGAGAAAAAAGAUUGCUCCGUUUGAUUUCGUCGUCUCGUACUCAUCUCUUGAACAUGAUGGGUUAGGUCGUUAUGGAGACGUGCUAAAUCCUAUAGGAGACUUACAAACGAUGGCCAAGAUGCUCAGUGUACUGAAACCUGGAGGAUACGCUUUUAUUGGUGUGCCAUGCUGUGUAGAUUCUCUGGUUUGGAACGUCCACAGAAAGUACGGACCCUUGAGGUUGAAGCUCAUGUUUGCCGGAUAUAGACUUGUCGAAGUGUUUCCAAGAAACGCCUUCCUUUCCUUUAAGCACCUAGAGGAUGGAUCGCAACAAGGGUUUUUUGUGGUGCAAAAUACAUAUGGCUGCUCGAACGGCUGGCCUCGAGAGCCAAACUCGUAUCAAAUAUAA